GGCAUGUGGGGGAUUUCCUGGGCGGAAGUAGCGGAGGGGGUUUCCAGUCUGAUCAGCCCAGUCUGCCGCUGGAUCUCAGCAGAUCCCAGUUCCGCCGCUGAACCGGACCGACCGACCGACCGGACCGGAGCCCGAACAUGAGCCGCGGCGGCCCCGCAGGCCGGACUGACUAGCGGCGGACCGGAAGUCCUCCAGCAGCGGGUUGAAGGUUUGAAUCCUGAAGCAAAGAAGCGCCGUCGGCCUGCGGUCCGAUUCAUGUAAGUGAGGAGUGGAACAUCUGGCAGGAGAACACAGCAGAACCCCAGCAGAACCCCAGCAGAACCUCAGCAGAACCUCCGUGGGAGCUGGGAUGUUUCCUCUGUUUUCUGAAGCUGCUGGAAGGAAAAUUUACAGCAACACAGACAAACGGUCAUGUCAGUAGGGAGGAGUGCUGAAGGGAGGGAGGUGCAGAUUCCCCUCCAGCAGGCGGCGCCCUCCUUAGCCCCGCCUCUCUCCUUGGCUGUUCCGCCCCCUAUCCGGACAGCCAAUCCCUGGUCUCCUGGCGAUGCUGGCGCUGCACAAGGCGUCCCUCAGGGCUGCGAGCGAGGCUUCCUGCCACUUCAUGGAGGCUUCAGGGAUCAUUUCGUAGAAACUCCAGACGCCAAAUACUGCUGCGAGUCCUGCCGGCUGGUGCUGUGCCAGCCCCGCCAGACCGAGUGUGGACACCGCUUCUGCCAGACCUGCAUCGCCGACAUCCUCAGUCGCCCUAACCCGGUGUGUCCGGCAGACCUGGAGCCUCUGUUUAAAGACAAGAUCUUCAGAGACGUGUGCUGCCACAGAGAGAUCAUGUCUCUGAAGGUGUUCUGCCGCAGCGAGGCCGGAGGCUGCCAGGAGAUCAUGAGCCUGCAGCAGGUCCCGGACCACCUGAACGUGUGUCUGUUCUUCGAGGUGCCGUGUCCCCUGGGGAAGUGCAAGGAGCGAAUGAUGAGGAAGGAGAUCCCAGAACACCUGAGCUGGAAGUGCAAGUUCAGAGAGAGCACCUGCGAGUUCUGCAUGAGCAAGAUGGCCCUGACCGAGCUGCAGAAACAUAAGGAGACGGUUUGUCCGGCGUUCCCGGUGUCCUGCCCGAACCACUGCUCCUACACCUCCCUGCUGAGGAGUGAGCUGUCCGGUCACCAGCAGGACUGUCCCAAAGCUCAGGUGUCCUGCCCCUUCCUUCGCUUCGGCUGCUCCUACAAGGGUCUGAAUCAGGACAUGAGGGAACAUGAGUCGACCUUUGCAGCAGAACACCUGAGGCUGAUGGCCGCCAGGAACACCUCGUUAGAGACCAAGGUGGAGGACGUGAAGGCGGAGCUCCUGGAGAGGUACAAGGUGCUGCCUGGUCUGAGCAGCCGCCUGUCGGAGCUCGAGAGCCACAACGAGGAGCUGAGAGAGAAGAACCGACAGGUGGAGCAGAAGGUGGCCGCCAUGCAGAAGCUGAUGAGCUCCCACUCGGAGAAGCUGCUGGAGGUGGAGUUGGAGCUGCGUUCUCUGCGGCUGCUGCGGGACGAGGUGGAGGGCCUGCGGGGGGCGCUGGAGGGCGUCCGCACCCGCCUCAGUGCUCUGGAGGGGGGGCGGGGCGGGGCCAGCAGCGCCACACACACACUGGCCUCCCUGGAGACCCAGCUGAAUCGCCACGACGACAUGCUGAGCGUGCACGAGAUCCGAUUGGCCGACAUGGACCUGCGCUUCCAGGUGCUGGAGACGGCGAGCUUCAACGGGACGCUCAUCUGGAAGAUCCGCGACUACAAGCGGCGGAAACAGGAGGCGGUGGCGUCCAAGACGCUGUCGCUCUACUCGCAGCCGUUCUACACGGGAUACUUCGGAUACAAGAUGUGCGCACGCGUCUACCUGAACGGGGACGGCAUGGGCAAGGGCACGCACCUGUCGCUCUUCUUCGUGGUGAUGAGGGGCGAGUACGACGCCCUGCUGCCCUGGCCCUUCAAGCAGAAGGUGACGUUGAUGCUGAUGGAUCAGGGUCCGUCCAGGAAGCACCUGGGCGACGCCUUCAAGCCCGACCCGAACAGCAGCAGCUUCCGCCGCCCGGUGGCUGAGAUGAACAUCGCGUCGGGCUGCCCGCUGUUCGUGUCGCAGAGCGUCCUGGAGACGGGCAGCUACAUCAAGGACGACACCAUCUUCAUCAAGGUUACCGUGGAUACCUCUGACCUCCCCGACCCGUGACCUUCUGACCUCUGACCUCGCUGGUCUGAGAUCAGCUGACUUGUCACACCCAGCGCAGCAAAGGAUGAUGGGAACGAGGGACUGAGGGGAGGAUGCGCAUCUAGCAGAGAGAGAGGCAGCCAAUCAGAUGGGACGUCCCAGAGUUCUGCAGGUCCUGAUUGGCUGACAGACAUGUGAUCAGUUCCAGAGCAACAGACCCGGCUGUCUGUGUGUGUGUGUGUGUGUGUGUGUGUGUGUGUGUGUGCGCGUGUGUGUGUGUGUGUGUGGUUGUGAUUGUGAUGAGAUGAUGAUGUGAUGACAGACGCUACAGUUGUUGCCAUGACAACACCAUGGCGACGACACUCAACUACAGAUCAGCCGGUUGCGGCGGCGGCGGCCGGCGGGCCCAACAUGGCCGCCUGACGGAGACGUUCCUCUGUUCGUUACUGAUGCCGUGCAUCGAGCUUUACUUCCUGUUUUGUUUUUGCCGUUUACCGAGCAUGCUGGGAGGGCGGAGGGGGGGCGGAGCUUCUUCUGCAGCCCAGCCACUACAGCCUGCGGCGUCCGAGGCGUUUUGCACAGUCGGCGUGUGAAGUGACGUUAAUAAAGAACAAACUGACCCUGAG